GUCGCUUUCCCCAAUAAUUUCUUUCUCUCCCAUUUUUUCUAUCUGUCAAUCUUUUAUUUUAACUCCAUUUUACUCCCAAAAUUUUAUUCGACGAAAUUUAGGGGUUUAAAGCUUCAAAUUCCAUACAUAUGAGUUCGAAUUAUUUUUUCAAAUUCGCCGAUAAUAUCUUCGUUUGUCGUUUCAACGAUUCAAAGCAGUUUGAUUAAUUCAUCAAUAUAAUUCGACUACUUGACGUAAAAAAUGGAUCAACAAACUCAACAGGAAUGUCCUCCUAUUGAGAAUCAUGAUAAACACGAUGAUGAGGAAGCUGUUGCUCGUGUUGAAGAAUUAAAAAAAUCUUUAGAGGCGAAAAUAACUCUUCGUCAAAGCAAUUUGAAGCCUGAAAGGCCUGAUCCUUCUUUCUUGAGGACACUUGAUUCCAGUAUCAAGCGCAACACUGCAGUGAUUAAAAAGCUUAAACAGAUUAGUGAAGAUCAAAGAGAAGGCUUGAUGGAUGAGUUGCGAAGUGUCAACCUGAGCAAGUUUGUGACUGAAGCAGUGGCAGCUAUAUACGAUGCUAAGUUGAAGACUUCAGACAUCCAGGCUGCUGUCCAGAUUUGUUCCUUGCUUCACCAACGUUACCCGGAUUUCUCAGCUAGCCUUACCCAAGGCUUAUCAAAAGUGUUCUUUCCCGGGAAAGCAGUAGACGACUUGGAGACAGAUAGAAACACAAAAGCCAUGAAGAAGCGUAGUACUUUGAAGCUCCUUCUAGAAUUGUACUUUGUCGGUGUGAUAGAAGACAGUGGCAUAUUUGUCAACAUCAUUAAAGAUCUUACUGGUGUGGAGCAUUUAAAGGACCGAGAUGCUACACAGACUAAUCUGUCCCUGCUUACUACAUUUGCUCGGCAAGGUAGAAUUUUCAUGGGGCUUCCACUAUCAGGGCCAGAAGCUAAUGAUGAGUUCUUAAAGGGACUCAAUAUUACUGCUGAUCAGAAGAAAAUUUUCAAGAAGGCUUUUCAUGUGUAUUAUGAUGCUGUUUCUGAAGUUCUGCACACUGAGCACACUUCACUUCGUCAUAUGGAGCAUGAGAAUGCAAAAAUUUUGAAUGCUAAAGGGGAGCUAAGUGAUGAUAAUGCCUCGUUAUAUGAGAAGCUGCGAAAAUCUUAUGACCUUUUGUACCGGGGCGUCACAUCUUUAGCUGAAGCCCUUGAUAUGCAACCUCCAGUGAUGCCUGAAGAUGGUCAUACUACCAGAGUUACUAGUGGUGAUGAUUCUGGAUCUUCUGCUACUGGAAAGGAAUCUUCUGCUGUCGAAGCUGUGUGGGAUGAUGAAGAUACUAGAGCAUUCUAUGAGUGCUUGCCUGAUCUUAGAGCAUUUGUCCCUGCAGUUCUGUUGGGUGAAUCGGAUUCCAAGGUCAACGAGCAAUCUGUAAAGAUGCAAGAGCAAUCCUCUGAUGCUUCCACAGAACCUGAUCAGUUUCACACGGCUGUUGAGGAUAGUGUAGAGUCCUCUGUAGAGACUGCAAUUUCGCUGGAAGGAAAAAUAAAUGAGAAAGGGAUGGAUAAAGAAGGAAAAGGAAAAGAUAAAGAAGAGAGCGAAAAGAGUAAAGAAGUUGACAAAGAGAGAGGGAAAGACAAAGAUGCAGAUAAGAAAGGAGAUAAAGACAAGGAGAAACAUAAAGGUCUUGAUGGUACCAAUUUGGACACUUUGUUGCAGCGGCUUCCAGGUUCUGUCAGCCGUGAUCUUAUUGACCAGUUAACUGUAGAAUUUUGCUAUUUAAAUUCGAAGAGUAAUAGGAAAAAGCUGGUAAGAGCAUUAUUUAAUGUCCCGAGAACUUCUUUAGAGUUGCUUCCAUAUUACUCUCGCAUGGUGGCCACAUUGUCUACUUGUAUGAAGGACAUCUCUUCAAUGCUCCUUCAGAUGUUGGAGGAGGAAUUCAAUUUCUUGAUUAACAAGAAGGAUCAAAUGAACAUUGAAACAAAGAUCAGGAAUAUCAGGUUCAUUGGGGAACUGUGCAAAUUUAAGAUUGCACCAGCUGGUCUCGUAUUUAGCUGCUUAAAGGCUUGUUUGGAUGAAUUUACACACCAUAACAUAGAUGUGGCUUGCAAUCUUCUGGAGACAUGUGGGCGAUUCCUAUACCGUUCUCCUGAAACCACAAUACGCAUGGCAAACAUGUUGGAGAUACUUAUGCGGCUGAAAAAUGUGAAGAAUUUGGAUCCUCGUCAUAGCACUCUGGUUGAGAAUGCAUAUUAUUUGUGUAAGCCUCCAGAAAGACCUGCUAGAAUUACGAAAAUUCGACCUCCUUUGCAUCAGUAUAUUAGAAAAUUGCUCUUCUCUGAUCUGGACAAGUCCUCUAUUGAGCAUGUGCUUCGACAACUACGGAAAUUGCCAUGGAGUGAAUGUGAAUCAUAUCUAUUGAAAUGCUUUCUGAAGGUUCAUCGAGGAAAAUAUGGACAGAUUCACCUCAUUGCGUCACUGACUGCUGGACUUAGUCGAUACCAUGAUGAUUUUGCUGUUGCUGUUGUUGAUGAGGUUCUGGAAGAAAUCAGACUUGGCCUAGAGCUGAAUGAUUAUACUGCGCAGCAACGCCGUCUUGCGCACAUGCGAUUCUUGGGGGAGCUGUACAAUUAUGAACUUGUGGACUCAUCUGUUAUAUUUGAGACGCUGUACCUGAUUCUUGUUUUUGGCCAUGGCACACCUGAGCAAGAUGUUCUGGAUCCUCCAGAGGAUUGUUUCCGCAUUAGGAUGGUUAUCACACUUCUUGAGACCUGUGGACACUACUUUGAUCGAGGUUCAUCCAAAAGGAAACUUGAUCGAUUUUUGAUACAUUUCCAGAGGUAUACCUUAAGCAAGGGUGUUCUGCCGCUUGAUAUUGAGUUUGACUUACAGGAUCUAUUUGCUGAUCUUCGACCCAAUAUGUCCCGGUAUGCUUCAAUCGAAGAGGUCAACGGUGCACUUGCAGAACUGGAGGAUCAUGAAGGUAAGGCCAGUACUGAAAGGCAAUCUGAGAUUGAGAAGCGUUCCAACAGCAUAUCUCGAAACAAUCUGGUUAAUGGUCAACGCCUUCCAAAUGGUAUUGAUGAAAAUGGUGGUGCGCACGAUGAUGUAAUAGGGGAUAGUGAUUCUGACUCGGGCAGUGGUUCAAUUGGUGCCGGAGAUCAUGAUGAUGUUGAUGACUUGGAUGAUGAGAAUCAUGAUGCAGGUAGUGAAAUUGAGGAUGAUGACGACGAUGAAGUGGGACCUGUUUCUGAUGAAGACGGUGAAAUUCGUGUCAGACAGACAACCCCUGCUGUGGAUCCAAAAGAAGAAGCUGAGUUUGACCGAGAGCUCAAGGCUCUUCUGCAAGAGAGCUUGGAUUCUCGUAAGCUGGAGCUGAGGUCGCGGCCUACACUUGAUAUGAUGAUUCCAAUGAGCAUUCUUGAGGGUUCUAAGGAUCAUCAUGGAAGAGGGAAUGAAGGCGAGAGCGGGGAGGAUACCUUGGAUGAGGAUCACGGAGGAAACAAAGAGGUCCGUGUAAAGGUUCUUGUGAAGCGUGGGCACAAGCAACAGACAAAGCAAAUGUACAUUCCUCAAGAUUGCUCUCUUGUUCGGAGCACAAAGCAGAAGGAAGCUGCCGAGCUCGAGGAGAAACAGGACAUUAAGCGAUUGGUUUUGGAGUAUAAUGACAGAGAAGAGGAGGAGGUUAGUGGGGUUGGUAACCAAGUAUCAGGUUGGACACAAUCUGGGAUUGGCCGAGUACCUAGUCGCAGUGUUUGGGAUGGAAGUGGCGGAAGAAGUUAUGGCUCACGUCAUCGUCACCACCAACAUUCAGGUGCCGGACACUAUUAUAGUCGAAGAAGAUGAGAAUCAAAUGAAAACAAGUCGAAAAAGAGAAUAUUACAGAUGCUUCAUAUUGAGCUUUGGGAUCGGUACAUCGCGCUCCGGAUAAUUUAUCCUUAUUUAAGUGCAGAUGUAAGAACAUUACUGCAGAUUGGGGAACAUAGGAGUUGAUUAGUGUGGAAAUGAGAUGCUUAAAUACGUUUUGUGGGUUGUUGCAUAACAUAAUCUAGGAUAUUAAUAGCAAACAGGCUCUUGAAGUUGUGGUAGAAGAUAGACGGGAGAUUAUGACUCGAAGCUCAAGGGAGUUUUAUGUCUGAACUGCAGAAAUGUCGUGAUUCGUGACAUGAAGUAACGUCUUAAGGUUUUAAUUUGUGUGAAUUCUCUGUAUACAAGAUUAACUGCUAUGUAUCGUAUCGUUGGCCUUGCCCAUCGGAAUAUGGAAUGAUUUCAAGUAAAGUUGGUACAUGAGUGCUACCUUUCAAGAGUUCAUGGGGCUUGAUUUCAUUCUCCAAAUACUCUAUACGUCUCUGUUUGGUGUUUAACAACAAUGGCGAUGUCAUUAGGAUCAGGAGUAAAAAUGCACACAAAUUUUGGGUCCUAAAAAAAAUUAACUAAAGUAAAAUACAAUUAAUAUGAAUGUAUGUUGCUAUUUGAGAUCCUUUGUUUAUUUAUUAUGCCAUGUGUAAUCGGAGACUUAAACGUCUACUGAAAGUCUGCUAUGUUUUUAAUUUUGAUUAACUUUUUGCUCCCUGAUUGAUUAAAAUUUUGUGUUCUCUCAAAAAA